CUGAAUUUCCACGAAUCGCAGCCACAUGAAAUUGAAACUUGAAACCCUUUUCUUCAGUUCCUUGAUUUUCUUGGUGACGAACAGAUAUUUGGAAAUUUGACCAUUUGAAGAAAAAUGGAGAAACAAAAUUCUGAUUAUUGAAAUCAAAGAAGAGAUAGAUUUGGGCUUGAUGGCUUCACACAGUUGCCCUCCUGGAUUGGGGGCUGUUUUCAAUCCUGAACAUCCUUCCACCAGGCUGCCAAAGGAGUUGCACCGUUUUCUCCAAUAUCGCAGUCCAAAUCAAGAUCUUGUAAAUUCUAAGUCCUUCAAUUUAUGCCUGCAGCAGAAGGAUGAAUUGAAAUUCUCAGGUGGACUAUUAGACUGUAACGACUUAGUCUUGAAAAACUCUAUAAGCCCAACACUCAUUGAUGUUCAAUGUUCGCGGCUCUCUGAUUAUCUGCUUUCAAUGCAUGAAUAGACAGAUUUUACCCGCACUCAUACAAUCUUAAAGUUCAUAAAAUAAUCAACCCGUCUUUUCUUAAGCCUUAUAUUCAUUUUUUUCCAAUAUAUUAGUGCUUAAUAGAAUACGGUUCAUCUAUUAGUUUGUCGAAUCAAUAGAUGGGGCAUAUUAGUAGUACUGAAUUGCUCUAUUUCUUGGGCUUCGGAAUUGCUGAACAAUGCACAAGACAUGAGAAAAUAUUGGAGUUGCUUGCAUCGGGGUCAAUUGAAGUAGAGAAUGGUGUACUAGAUCUGUCUAUGCUCUAUGAUAUGAUGGGGCCUCGAAAACUUCAAACUGAUUCAGCACAGCAACCAUUGGCAUCUUGUGGCGAACGGUGUCUUUGUGCUGCUGAGUCUCUUGUUUACCCAUCAAGAGAACUAUACAUGAAUGAACCAGUAUUGAAUGUAGUGAGAGACAUGAGCAGUUGUAGAGAGCAUACAUUGCAGCAUAUGAGAGAUGAUAUGACUCAUGUGGUUCCUGUCAUUUCUGACCUUCAUUUCUCGAAGAACACAGUUACGUCUAGACGACGGGCAAUGCUGGUCCCUUAUUUUGAAUGGCGGAGAAGAGGGCGUUCUAAUAUGGAUCCAUCAAAGCUUGUAACAGAGAAAGUUGAACCUCUCAAUAGUCAUGUAAAUGAGAAGGUGAAGACCUCACAGAAGAGAAAGGCCAGUCCCAAACCGAUGAAGGAGAGAGACAUCUCAUGCAACAACUACCUUUACGCAUGUGAAAGUCUGCUUUCCAUAAUUGUCGACAGGAAGCAGCAGGGUAAGAAUGCAAUCACCUCGUUGAAGAAAUCUGGUCAUCAGCUCAUUGAUCUUCUGACCGGUUUUUCUGCCAGCAUUGCUGGAACUGGUGUUGCUGUUGUCCUAGGAGUUGUCUGCAGAGUUUUGUGCAACCAGGUGCCAUUCUGCGCAUCAAAACUUUUGAGCACCGGAUUCGGUUUAGGGCUAGUUUGGCUUUCUUCAGCUGUGAAUAGAUUGAGGAACACGGUUAUCUCUAUCAGCAAAUCUUCUGGGAAGUUGGGUGCUCACGAAGAGAAAAUGAUGGAUCGAUUGGAUAGAAAUCUGAAUGAUGUUUGGUUCCGAGUAGCAGCAGUGAUGAUGGUUGCAGUGCUGCAGUUGGCUUGAUCGAGAAAGGCUCUGUAUUUUUGCUUUGAUGGACUUAUGCAUGUACUAAUAGCUCGAACUUGAAUUGGUUGACAAUAUAUAUCGAGAAACGCUAGCCUUUCCUUGUGUA